CUGCAACUAUGUCAGAGCCACAGCAGUUUUCCGUUCGCUCUCAGUCCCUGAACUCUGUAGGCGGAGCCGAGGAGGAAGAGGGCAGCCCAAACUCCCGCAAACAGCCUCCACCCAAACCGCGCCGUGACCCCAACACCAAACUCAGCGCAUCCUCUGAGGCCGUGGACCACAGCACCACCACCUGCAAAGGAGGACACGCCCACAAGUGGGACGUGACUCAGGGCUGCAGCGAGGAGUGUAGACGAGUUCCACCUCCGAAACCCAAGAGGAAUCCCAACACACAGUUGAGCACUUCCUUUGAUGAGUCCUACAUCCUGAACUCAAAAGACUCACCCCCAAUGGCUCCUUCUCCAAUUUCUCCAGUUUCUCCUCCACAACCUCAGAGCCCACAGCAGGACUCAGAGUCAGAGGAACCUGUUUAUAUUGAGAUGUCAGGGAAUGCAGCGCGAGAUCCGCCCUCUCGUCCCGAGCCUGAGGAGCCGGGCGAGGCCGUCUACGAGGAAAUGAAGUAUCCUGCUUUUGAUGACUUUGAUUCACGCUGGGAUCUUUUAGGGUACCGCUCUCAGUGCAUCACACCAUGUCCAUCUGAUAUGGAUAUCCAUGCUGCCAUGAACUACACCUCCACCCCUCGGAGCGCAUCCCAUUGCGACAUCCCUGCCCCAUUCCCCAACCUGCUAACACACCGUCCACCUUUGCUGGUCUUCCCACCAGUGCCUGCACAGUGUUCGCCCAAUUCUGAUGAAUCUCCACUCACGCCGGUGGAUGUCACCAAGCUGGCCAUGUUAGAGAAUGCCGCCUACUCAAAGUCUCCGUCGUCCUCCUCCUCCUCAAUGGAGCCCCUUAGUUCUGCCUCUUCUUCUCACCUCAGACGGGCUGAGAGGGAACUUAUGGCGACGCCCACUAUCACAGUCUCAGGUCGCUCUUCGGCGCCGCCUUUGCCAUGCGCUCUCUACAGGGGCUCAACAAGCUCUGCAGGGGCCCAGCGGAGCCACUCAGCAUGCCCGUCUCCCGUCAGCAUGGGCCGCUGCCUCACACCGCUCAGCCUCAUGAGGGCGCCACCUUUAGAAGGUGGCACUGCCCUGCCACGACACCACAGCUCAACACAGAACGUUGCAGCAGGACGCUCACGGACACCCACAAGCCCUCUGGAUGAGCUCACCAACUUGUUCACCAGUGGCAGGAACAUGCUGAAGAAGAACUCCAGCGGCCGUAAGAGCAAAGAUCCCACUGAGAGUGAAGCCAAAGGGAAAGGCCAUGGUUCUGAAUCCAAACGGGAGCACAAGGAGAGGAGCCAUCACAACAAGGAGUCCAAAAGGGACAAGGAGCGCAGCGGGAAAUCUUCACAUCGACGUGAGAGCAAAGACCGAGAGCCUAUUGGCAUUGAGGCCUUACAGAGACGUGACAGUAAAGAUAGAACUGGCAGCAAUUCUGAGCCAAUAGUGAGACAUGAUAGCAAAGAUAAGGGCAGCAAUGUGGAACCAGGACAGAGGCGCAACAGUAAGGACAAGGGCAGCAAUGUAGAGCCAGUAGCAAGACGAAACAGCAAGGACAAGGGCUGCAAUGUGGAGCCAGUAGUGAGGCGAAACAGCAAAGACAAGGGCUGUAGUGGUCCAGAGCUACUUCCCAAACAGGUCAGCAAAGACCGAGGGUGCAGCACCAGUGAACCCAUAGUGAGGCAUGACAGCAAAGACUGGAUCAGUAACAAUAUUGAACCUUUACCUAGACGUGACAGCAGGGACAGGAUCUGCAAUGGCUCAGAGCUCAUGCUCCGACAAGAUAGCAGAGACAUUUUGAGGAAUGGUCUGGAACGACAUGAUAGCAGAGACCGAAGUGGUUAUGGGCCAGACUUGUUAACCAGGCACAGUAGUAAGGAUCAGGGAAGAACUGGCCUGGAGGGCCGGCACAAUAGCAAAGAAGGAAGAAAGAACAGUUUGGAUUUUCUUCAGGGUAACAGCAACAUGGCAGAUUCUGGAUGGGACUGUAAGGAACGGAUGAGUAAUGGGACAGAUGUUGUAAAUAGGAGAGAUUACAAAGAUAAAGGAAUUCCCUUGACAGAACCCCAUCACAAGAGUAAGGACAAGAGCAGCUACAGUACGGAGUCACCCAAAGCACAUGACUGGGAUACAAGGUCUGGACUUCCAUCCAGUAUUUCCAGCCGGAGUAGACGUUCACCUGUUAGUCCUACCACAAUGAUGGGGAAUUCUGAAUUGAAGAUGGUCCCCAAGGUAGCCCAAUUCCUGUCCACAUCACUUGCACCAUCUCCAUUAGGCACACCUCAGAGACGACCUUCCGAGGCCCAAGAGAUGCCACCCUUCCCCUGGCUAUGUGGCGACAGCACCAUGAUGGAGACAAUUGAAAGGAAACAGCGAUUAUGCCGUGAGAUCCGGUCCCGUCAACGCCCCCCUGAACGGAGCCAGAUGGAAAGCAUACCUAGCUGCAAAAAAGCCAAUGGGCAAAAGAAAUACGGCCCACCCCCAUAUCCCACUCAGACUACCGUCUUUUGGGACACUGCAAUCUGAUUGGUCGCUUAGCACUUCAGGAUUUAGCUUUGCUCCUCCCACUGGCACCAGGACAAUGGGAGCACCCAAUUAUGCCCAUCACUGUCUCUACUAAAAGACAGGCAGUGGGAUUAACCUAGCAAUAUUUCUGAGCGUGCCGAUCGUCAGGUUUUUGUAUUAACCUUUAUCUAAUAUUUUUGUAUUGUGAUUCCUUGUAAAUGGAACCUAGCAUUAACAGAUAUUUUCUAAACAAAAUGGAAUAUCUUUGCAAAGAAUAUGUAGAGU